UUUCAUAUGAUUUUUCAUCUUUCAUAUUCGCAAGCACAACGUUGCUUUCUUGACAAUAACAUUUUCUUUUCGAGCUCUCCCAAAAUGGAUAAAGACGUGGACGUGGAAUCCAAAAUAACCCGGAAGGCAUUGAUAAUGCCUAAAUUGCCCAAUAAUUUGACGUUGGAAGAAAAAAAAUACCUACUAGCUGUAGAAAGAGGAGAUAUGCCUAAUGUUAGAAGGAUGCUACAAAAAGCUCACAAGCAUAAGUCCAAGAUCAACAUUAACUGCAUGGAUAGUCUGGGCAGGGGAGCUUUAACAAUAGCCAUUGAUCAAGAAAAUUUAGAAAUGGUCGAAUUACUAAUUGUAAUGGGAGUUGAAACUAGAGAUUCUCUUUUGCACGCCAUCAAUGUUGAAUUUGUCGAAGCAGUUGAACUACUGUUGGAGCAUGAGGAACUUAUUCACAAAGAAGGCGAACCUUACAGCUGGCAAAAAGUUGAUAUCAACAUGGCUAUGUUCACUCCUGACAUAACGCCCUUAAUUUUAGCUGCUCACAGAAAUAAUUACGAGAUUUUAAAGAUACUUUUAGAUAGAGGAGCUACUGUACCCAUGCCCCAUGACAUAAAAUGCGGCUGCGAAGAAUGCAUAAGACAAUCUGAAGAAGAUUCUCUGCGACAUUCGUUAUCUCGAUUAAACGAAUACAAAGCUCUGGCGAGCCCUUCUCUUAUUGCUUUAUCGUCCAGCGAUCCCCUUUUGACGGCUUUCCAGCUCUCGUGGGAAUUGCGAAAUCUGGCGUUAUCCGAACCGGAGUGUAAAUCCGAAUACAUGGAAUUGCGACAGCAGUGUCAACAGUUUGCUGUUGAUUUGCUACAUCAAUCUAGAAAUUCUCAAGAACUGGCUAUAAUCUUAAACCACGAUCCCGAUAAUCCACCCUAUCAAGAAGGAGAGCACAUGAAAUUGGCUCGAUUAGAAUUAGCCAUACAAUAUAAACAGAAGAAGUUUGUUUCUCAUCCUAAUAUUCAGCAAUUAUUGGCUGCAAUUUGGUACGAAGGUGUUCCGGGAUUUCGAAGAAUGUCUUCGAAAGAUAAACUUUUGAUUAUCGUAAGGACGGCCUUGUUAUUUCCUUUUUACUGCUUGCUUUAUUACAUUGCUCCAGAUACUAAAACCGGCAAACUGAUGAGAAAGCCGUUCAUGAAAUUUUUGAUACACGCUUCUUCUUACCUGUUUUUUCUUUUACUGCUGAUUCUGGUCUCAUUAAGAGCUGAUGAUAUAGUAUUAGAAUAUUUUGGGUCCGAUUCGAUGAAAGCUUAUGUUAUUGAAAAAUACGAAAAACAACGUGGUAAUCCUCCUACAAUUUUAGAAUAUGCUGUGCUUCUCUACGUUAUAGGAUUUAUUUUGGAAGAAACGCAGGAAAUAUUCGUUGAAGGAAUCAAUUCAUAUCUACGUAAUUUAUGGAACUUUAUUGAUUUUACUCGAAAUGUUCUUUACACAGGCGUGUUUCUACUUCGCGUUGUUUCUUAUUUUCAACAAGCAAAGGAAAUCCGAAAUGAUCCUUCUACAUCUUACAUACGGAGAGAAGAUUGGAAUGCCUUCGAUCCUCAAUUGAUUGCUGAGGGUUUAUUUGCAGCAGCAAAUAUUUUCAGCGCUUUAAAAUUGGUUCAUCUAUUUUCAAUAAAUCCACAUUUGGGACCUCUACAAGUAUCUUUGGGUCGAAUGGUCAUUGACAUUGUUAAAUUUUUCUUCAUCUACUCAUUAGUACUAUUUGCAUUUGCUUGUGGCCUCAAUCAACUGUUGUGGUACUUCUCUGACUUGGAGAAAAAGAAAUGCUAUCAUUUUCCCAAUGGUAACCCCGAUUUUGAUGGCGAAGCAGAAGCUUGUAUGAAAUGGAGACGUUUUGCAAAUGUUUUCGAAUCAUCGCAAUCUCUAUUUUGGGCGAGUUUCGGUAUGGUAGAUCUUGCAAGUUUUGAGCUUACUGGAAUCAAGACUUACACAAGAUUUUGGGGCCUCUUAAUGUUCGGGUCAUACAGUGUGAUCAACGUCAUAGUAUUAUUAAACCUUCUUAUAGCUAUGAUGUCCAAUUCGUACGCCAUGAUCGAUGAGCAUUCUGACACAGAAUGGAAAUUUGCCAGAACCAAACUUUGGAUGAGUUACUUCGAAGAAACUGGUACUCUUCCUCCUCCUUUCAACAUUUUUCCGAAACCGAAGAUAUUGCUUAAAAUACUAGGUAUAAGGAAGAAGGAUAAAAUGAGAAGAAUGUCCACUAAAAGGCGAAACCGAGAAGAAAAAGAAAGAGACUACAAGUAUACAGCUGUUAUGAGGGCUUUAGUUUGGAGGUAUGUAUCGGCAAUGCAUCGAAAAUGUGACGAAGAAUUGGUUACUGAAGAUGAUGUAAACGAAUUAAAGAGCGAUAUAUCUUCAUUUCGUUAUGAACUCCUUGAAGUCUUAGGUAAAAAUGGCAUGGAUGUUUCAUCGGCGGCCAGAAAAGAUAAAGCUAUUUUGGGAAAGAAAAUGAAGAUGUGGGAAAGAAGGCUUAUGAAAGAUUUUAAAGUUGCUCCAAUUUCUCAAGAGGAAAAUGAAGAACUUUUUGCACCUCCACCUGAAAACGAAAAUUCACUAGCAAGGUUCAGAAGAGUAGCUAAACUAGCGGUACUCGAUUCGAACACAGUUAAAUGGAGACAAGUCGUCAAAAGCGCCCAAGUAGCAUCUCAAAUUGGCCGAUGUCAUAGGAAAGAUUCAUUCACUAAACAACAAAAUUUACAACGGGCUAUCGAAGAAGCCAAACGCUUAGCCUCUUCUAGAAGUCCGGAUAUUUCUAGAGCUACAACUCCACUAACACCGAUCAUGUUACCGGAUAUGAGUGGUUCAGAAAUCGUCAAGGUUAUUACCGGAAAAAGUGGAAAAGAAAAAACUGUUUAUGCAUUAAGCCCAAAUAUUACGAUAAAAAACCAUACUGAUAAGUCGCAGAUUCAAAGAUCUCAAAUUGCAACAAGCGAAAUCUCAUUGCAAAACAUCAAACGAGAAACGGCUGGCUCUCCAAUUCCUUUGGCUCUUUCGAGAAAUGAACAAGAUUUGAUAGAACUCGAUAGUACUAAAAAUUCUCCAUUACCAAAUCUUAAAACAACGUCCAGUCCUUCAAUUACAGGCGAAUACGAUUAUGCUGUACCUAUAUCAUCACCUCCAAGUAUAUCAUCACCGCCAUGUAUAUUAUCACCUCCAAUCAUAAUAUCAUCUCCUUCAGACGAGAAAUGUACAAGUCCUGAUAAGUUUUCAUUCAAAUCAGAAGACUCCAUAGAUUCAUUUGUUGAUCCAAAUAAAAAAAGUGAAUUGGAUGAUAUAUUAGGCGAUGACUGGGUUUUAUCUAGUGAUGAUAGAUCAUUCGAUGAUAUUAUACCGAGACCUUCGAGUCCAAUUCCUAUUCAAUUAUUAUCCGAACCAGAUAAUUCCAGUUUGUUGGAGCAAAUACAUUCGAAACAAAAAUCUCCAGUUCCCCCUAGUCCUAAGAGAAAAUCACCAGAGCCAGUCAAAACCAGCCCAAAGAAAAUAAUACCUGAUGUUAAUCCUAACACAUCUUCCCAAUCAGUCGUGGAUAUGAAAAGUGACCAGUCCGAGCAAGGAAGCAUAGAAAAAAUUACCGUUACUAAUGAAGCAAUUGAAACUAAAACUCUUGUACAAGAUAACGUGUUGUUCACAGAACAAGCUGUACCAAAAACUACAAUACGUUCUAGACUAACUCCCGAAGAACAUGAUGUGCCAACCCAAUGCAGCAUUUCACUUUCAGAUAUACAAAAACCAACAACUCCUCAACCAAAAUCUCCUGCAACUACACCUUUGGCUCAGAGAAACAUACAAAGAAUUUACGACAAAAACUCUCAACCUAGGUAUGGAUGGUUGUGAACGAAGAGUUUCAAAAAUAUCGCAUUAAAUAGAAGAAUAGAUCGUUUUUAAGGAUUUGGAAGAAAUGUUAUUUGGAUAUUAAUACGUAAUAUCGUGAUAUUACGUUGUAUUUUAAGUUUCAUGCUAUGCAAUUAUUUAUUUGUAAAGUCUAGAUAUUCUAAGGAAUUUAAAUUAUUAUACAUAUUAUUCACAUCAUAACAUUGGUGUAACCUUAGUUAUUUGUUUUAUUAAAUUAAAAGAUACUUAAAUUCAA